GAGGUCAGAAAACAAAAGACUUCUAUAAGCUCGGCAGAAGGCUCUGCUUUGACUCUGUUUCCAGCCAUGAAGGUGGUGCUGCUGACGGUGCUGUUGGUGUUGGCCACGUGGGCAGAUACGGCCCAGGCCCAGAAAGCUCUAAGACUCUGUGGCCGUGAGUUUUUUCGGGCGGUCGUCUACACCUGUGGGGGUUCCAGAUGGAGGCGGGGCCAAACUGAGGACCCCCUAAAUGGUUAUGAAAUCGAGACUGAUGUGGAGUCACUGACCUCUGCAGGAAUGGAUCGAGUAAGAAGAGAGGCCUAUGAAGCGCUGCCCUCCACGUGCUGUAAAGUGGGAUGCAGAAAAAGUGAUCUUGUUAGCAUGUGCUGAGAAACACUCCCAACAUCAUCAUGUUUGUGCAAAAUGCAUUCAGAGGACUUGAAUUACUUAGAAACUCUUAGAAAUGGUUUUAAAAUGAACAUUUGAAAAAUGUUCAGAUCUUGUUUUCCAAUAAAUUAUUCAAAUGCAAAAAUAAAUGAAUUAAUAAAUUAAAAUGAGGCAACAUUUAAAGAGGACUAAUACUCAAUAGAAAGGAAUGUUGUCUGUUUUAGAGGCACUAUUAAGGGCACAGUUCCUUAAAGAACACCUUAAAAAAAAAACCCUUUGUUGGUCCGAACCCUAGGUCUACCUUUUGCUGUCUGAAAUAUACAUUGGGAAUUGUUUGAGGAUAUGCAUAUAAUACUAUAUGUAUACUUGGCUUAUAUGUGCCUCAAAACAUAGUUUUAACAAUGUUUAUGAAGUUAAAUGGUUACAAACCUGAACUAAUGUUUUUAAAAAUGUUGAUAAAAAAAGUUUAAAUCUAGAAGCAGGUACAAAUUUGUCUAUCCAAUAUUGUAUUUUAUGUAAUAUAUCCAAUAUCAGGAGAUAGCCUACCAAGUGUAAAAUUAAGAAUAAAAGCAUUUUGAUCAAAAACGUAAA